GCUUCGCCACUAGUUCUGCCGAUCUCCGGCCCGAGGGAGAGCCGGAAACGAUCCUACAAUCGAGAGCAGAAAUGUAUAAAAGCAGCUGGAAAAGUAGAAGACAUGGAAGAAGGAGCCAGUGGCAGAACCUUAGAUUCAGACAACACAGUUCCAGUGAAAGGUGUAACACAGGGGCACAGCAAAGCCCACAGGAUUCCGACCAGGACGACGGGGAGGUCCCAUCAACCUCGUCCAGCACAACUGGGAGUUCUUCUGUGCCAGAUCUACCAGGGUAUUACUUUGACCCUGAAAAGAAUCGGUACUUCCGCUUGCUCCCGGGACAUAACAACUGCAAUCCCCUCACGAAGGAGAGCAUCCAGCAGAAAGAAAUGGAGCACAAAAGGCUGCAGCUGCUAGAGGAAGAGGACAAGCAGAGAAAGAAAAUAACCAGGAUGGGUUUCAAUGCAUCUUCUUUGCUACAAAAAAACAAGCUGGGUUUUCUCAAUGCUACCAGUUACUGCCGUUUAGCCCAUGAGCUGCGAGUGAGCUGCAUGCAGAGGAAGAAGGUUCAGAUUCACAGCUCAGAUCCCUCUGCUUUGGCAAGCGACCGAUUUAACCUCAUACUGGCGGAUACCAACAGUGACCGGCUCUUCACAGUGAACGACGUCAAAGUUGGAGGCUCCAAGUACGGCAUCAUCAGCCUGCACGGACUGAAGACGCCCACGUUCAGGGUGCAUAUGCACGAAAACCUCUACUUCACCAACCGGAAGGUGAACUCUGUGUGCUGGGCCUCGCUGAAUCACUUGGAUUCUCACAUUCUGCUGUGCCUCAUGGGAAUCGCGGAGACUCCAGGCUGCGCCACCCUGCUCCCAGCGUCACUGUUUGUCAAUAGUCAUCCAGCAGGAGACCGACCUGGCAUGCUCUGCAGUUUCCGGAUCCCUGGGGCCUGGUCCUGUGCGUGGUCCAUGAACAUCCAAGCGAAUAACUGUUUCAGUACAGGCUUGUCUCGGUGGGUACUGGUGACCAAUGUGGUGACGGGACACCGGCUGUCAUUUGGGACCAGCAGUGAUGUCUUGGCCCAGCAGUUUGCUCUCAUGACUCCUUUGCUGUUUAAUGGCUGUCGCUCCGGGGAGAUCUUCGCCAUUGAUAUUCGUUGUCGAAAUCAGGGCAAGAACUGGAAGGCCACCCGCCUAUUCCACGACUCAGCAGUGACAUCUGUGCAAAUCCUCCAAGAAGAGCAGUGCCUGAUGGCAUCUGACAUGGCUGGAACGAUCAAGCUGUGGGACCUGAGGACCACUAAGUGUCUAAGGCAGUACGAAGGUCACGUGAACGAGUAUGCCCUCCUGCCCCUGCAUGUGCAUGAAGAAGAAGGCAUCGUGGUGGCAGUGGGCCAGGACUGCUACACCAGGAUCUGGAGCCUCCAUGAUACCCACCUGCUCAGAACCAUACCCUCCCCACACCCCACCUCCAGGACCAACAUUCCCAGCGUGGCCUUCUCUUCUCGGCUUGGGGGCUUCCGGGGAGCGCCGGGGCUGCUCAUGGCCGUCCAGCAGGACCUUUACUAUUUUCCCUACAGCUGAUUCUGCAGGAAGCAGCCUGGAGGAAUGUGGAUUUGACUGAAGGGUCAAGAGUAGCCAAACCUCUGCCAUAAUUGCUGUUUCCAGUGAAGGCAGUUUAAAUGGGUGCUCUGUACACACAGAUCCCAUCCAUCCAGUUGCUGGGGAGAAAGAAGGUGCUAUGUUUUAUGUGGAGACACUUUAGUAACGUUAUUUGUUAAGUUGUGGGGCUCAGAGAGCUUGAAAGUCCUUUUCAUAAAAGGUACCUAUUUCCCUUUGUUUAAUUCCUUAGAUUUGUGCCUC